AUGGAAAUCCCAAGAUUUCACAUGCCAAAUCCAACCACAUGUCCAGAUUGUCAUGCCCGUUUGUUCUCUCAUGAAACAUCUGAAAUGUGUUGCUUACGUGGAAAGCUUGCUCUACCAUUGGCACCGUCCCCUCCUGAAAUGACUGAGCUUUUUUGCAACCAAUCUGCCGAGGGAAGACAUUUUAGGCAGAAUAUACGAGCUUACAACCACAUUUUUGCCUUCACUUCAAUGGGAGUUCAUGUUGACGAAAACCUAGCAACUGGAAGACGUGGUAUUUACACAUUUCGUGCUCAAGGUUCCAUAUAUCAUAAGAUUGGAAGUCUUUUGCCUAUUAGAGAUAGUAGACCGAGAUUCCUACAAAUGUAUAUAUAUGACACAGCUCAUGAAAUAGACAAUCGAAUGAGAGAAAGUGAAGCACUAAACAGAGGUGUGGUUGAAAAAAUCCAACAAAUCUUGAAUCAAUAUAAUCCAUUUGUGCAAACAUUUCACCACCUUGCGCAACGUCAAGAUUUGCAAAGUUGUAGAUUGAUUAUCAAAGAGCAGCCCGCGAAUCAACGACAAUAUUGUUUACCAUCUGCAUCUCAGGUUGCUGCAAUCAUAGUAGGUGGUGAAGGAUCAGAAAACAUUAGAGGUCGAGAUAUUGUUGUGCAAACUACAGAUGGUCAACUUAAGAGUAUCAAAGACUGUGUCGGCUACUAUGACCCUUUACAAUAUCCAUUGUUGUUACCUUAUGGAACAUAUGGAUGGGAUGUGAAUACUCGAAAUAACAACAGCAGAAAAGUGACAUGUUGUGACUAUUAUUCGUAUCUUCUUCAGAUCCGUCAACAUGACGAAUCGCUUCUACUUCGUGGUGGCCGCCUAUUGCAACAAUAUGUAGUUGAUAACUACGUCAAGAUCGAAUCACAAAAGCUUAGAUGGAUGCGUAAUAAUCAACACACAAUUCGAUCUGAAUUUUAUCGAGGACUGCAAGACUCAUUAAUUGCAGGACAAAAUAAUGCAGGAGACGUCGGUCGUCGUAGGACUAUAUUACCAUCAUCUUUUGUUGGUAGUCCCCGAGACAUGUAUCAAAGGUAUCAAGAUGCAAUGACUUUGGUUCAAAAAUAUGGAAGACCAGACAUUUUCCUAACAAUGACAUGUAAUCCAACUUGGGAAGAAAUAAGUGAUGAGCUACUACCUGGCCAAACACCACAAGAUCGACCAGAUUUGCUUACAAGGGUUUUUCGUGCAAAAUUUGAAGAGUUGAAGAAUGAUGUUAUAAAAAAAGGUGUUUUAGGCAAAGUUCUUGCAUAUGUAUAUGUCAUUGAGUUUCAAAAGCGCGGUCUCCCCCAUGUUCACAUGCUUCUCAUGUUAGAAGAAAAUGAUAAGCUUAAUAGUCCAGAUGAUUAUGAUCAGGUGGUACGGGCUGAAAUACCAAAUCCAAAUGAAGAGCCUGAAUUGUAUGGUGCCGUCUUAAGGCAUAUGAUACAUGGUCCAUGUGGAAUACACAAUUCACGAUCACCCUGUAUGAAACGUGGUAGCUGUAAACGAAAUUAUCCUAAGCCAUUUGCACCAACUACAGUUCAAGGAAAUGAUUCUUAUCCAGUCUAUCGUAGAAGAGACAAUCAUGAUCCAAUCCCAUUAGAUCAUAAUGCACGUAUAAUGGUGGAUAAUCGGUGGGUCAUUCCGUACAACUCAUGGCUACUCCUCAGAUAUGAUUGUCAUAUUAAUGUUGAGAUUUGUUGCAGCAUUAAGAGUGUUAAGUAUCUGUACAAAUAUGUUUACAAAGGUCCCGACCGAGUAGCUUUUGAAGUCCAUCAUGAACCUAUUCAAGAUGAAAUAAAGCAGUUUGUUGAUGCAAGAUGGGUUUGUGCACCUGAAGCUUUAUGGAGAAUAUUCAAAUUUGUAACUAAUCGACUUUAUCCAUCGGUGGAACGAUUACAAAUUCAUCUUCCUGAAGGACAAACUAUUCAUUUUUACCCUCACCAAAGAGUAGCAGAUAUUUUGGCAGAUGACACUAACUCGAUGACUAUGCUGACAGAGUUUUUUACCAAGAAUACCACUUGCCCGGAAGCAAGACAAUACUUAUACCGGGAAUUCCCUGAACGGUUCAAAUGGAGUCAAAGAGAUAAACUCUGGAGUGAGAGGAUGAAUAACCAUAAAGUUAUUGGCCGGAUAUAUGCAGUCUCGCCGAAUGAGGGUGAAAAAUUCUACUUACGCAUCCUUCUUAAUCAUGUUAGAGGACCAACAUCAUUUGAGAACUUAAGAACAGUCAAUGACAUUGUACAACCAACAUUUAAGAAGGCAGUGGAACAACGAGGUUUGCUAGAAGAUGAUGAUAGCAUUAGACAGUGUCUCUGUGAAGCCACUAACAUUCGCAUGCCGUCAGCUUUGCGAAGGUUGUUUGUUACCAUCUUAGUUUAUUGUGAGCCACAUGGAGUAAGAAGAUUAUGGGAUGAAUUUCAUUCAUUUAUGGUGGAAGAUUAUUCUGUUUCAAGUACCACAAAUAAUACUUCUAUCUUGAACAAGCUUUUGCAAGACUUGAACGGACUAUUAGUGCAACAUAGUAAGUCUGUAUCUGAUUACGAUUUACCACAAAUAACACAAGAUUGUGUUAGAGACAACACAAUUCCAAGGAUAAUACAAGAUGAAGUUUCACUUGACAUCUCUGAAGCAGACCUCAAUGCGGUACAAAAUCUAAAUGAAGACCAAAUGGCAGCGUAUAACUCGAUUGUGUCUGCUAUUGAACAACGAGACAAUGCCAUAUUUUUUGUGGAUGGUCCCGGAGGGACAGGAAAGACAUACUUAUAUCGUGUUUUGUUAGCAACCUUAAGGAGUAAGGGUCAUAUUAUAUUGGCAACAGCAACAUCUGGAAUUGCAGCAACCAUAUUACCAGGUGGAAGGACAGCACACUCUAGAUUUAAAAUUCCCCUCAGUCCAGAUGCAUCUUCCACAUGUUCUAUUAGUAUCCAGUCAGAUUUGGCAGAAUUGAUAAGAAAAACAUCAGCUGUUGUUUGGGAUGAAGCACCAAUGGCACACAGGUUUGCAUUUGAGGCUCUCGAUCGAACGUUCAAAGAUAUAAUGGGCGUUGACCUACCAUAUGGAGGAAAGGUCAUAAUCUUUGGAGGAGAUUUUCGACAAGUUCUUCCAGUUGUUCCAAAAGGUACAAGAUCUGAAUUGAUGCAAGCAAGUAUGAUUAAUGCUUCAUUUUGGGAACACGUGAAAAUCAUUCGUCUUAGGCAUAACAUGAGAUCCAUCAAUGAUCAAGACUUUUCAGAGUUCUUACUUCAUGUUGGUAAUGGGGAACAAGAAACUAUGAUAGACGACAUGAUGCAAUUACCAUCAUCUAUGGUUAUUCCAUGGAAUGGUGAAGAAUCCAUUGUCCAAUUGGUUAAUGAAGUUUUCCCCGAUUUGGAAUGUCAUGUAUGUGAUGCAAGAUACUUGGUGGAAAGAGCAAUUAUAACACCAAAAAAUGAGGAUGCUGACAAAAUCAAUAAAAUGAUCAUCGAUAAAUUUUCGGGGAUUGAACAUAUCUUAUACUCUUUCGAUUCAGUUGAGGACGAUGUGAGAAAUUUGUAUCAACAAGAAUUCUUGAAUUCAAUCUCACCUGGUGGAAUGCCCCCUCAUCAGUUAACUUUGAAAAAAGGUGCCCCGAUAAUGCUUUUGAGAAAUAUCGAUCCGAAGAUGGGGUUGUGCAAUGGUACAAGACCGGCGUGCCAUGGAGCUUACAAUAAUCUAAUUGAUGCCGAAAUCUUAUCUGGACAAUUUGCUGGAACUAGAGUGUUUUUACCAAGAAUCUCUUUAAAGACCACAGAAAGUGCAGGACUCCCAUUCGAAAUGAUGAGAAAACAGUUUCCAGUGAAAUUGAGUUUUGCACUAACUAUAAAUAAAUCACAAGGGCAGACAAUACCAAAUGUGGGUAUUUAUCUACCAGAUCACGUAUUCAGUCAUGGACAAUUGUACGUGGCUUUAUCAAGAGGAGUUUCAGCGUCUACAACAAAAGUCUUGGUAAAGAAAGGAGAGUUACACGGUAACGAAGGAGUCUUCACAAGAAAUGUUGUGUACAAAGAUAUUUUGCUUCCCUCGAAUUCAACAUAAGGUUACAUUCUUUCUUUUAAUGUUUAAUUCCCUUUUUCAACUUUUAAUGCACUUCAAUUACAAAUAAUGCUAAUAUUUGAUUUUAACCAAACGCAUUAAAUUUUCAACAGUACGGAAUGAUAUGAGUUCAUUAUAUUUUUUGGUGUCAUGUGCAUCAAGGUCAA